GGCGGCAGCGGCGCCGAGCGGAGGCCCGCCGAGGACGCGCCCGAGGAGGACCAACAGCACGCGCUCAACCUGCGCCACCUCAGCGAGGCCGUCGCCUACCUCACGCACCCGCCGAACGAAGACCUGCAGGCAGCCCUCAACGCGCUGAUAACCAGUUCUGACGAGGACAGGCUGCGCUUUGCACCUCUGGAGAAGCUACCGAAGGAUGUGAGCAGAUGGCAGAACUAUUCCUAUCUGGAAGACAUAUACGACACACUUCAAAAAACCAAUGGCACGGAGGCGGCGCUGGAGGGCGUGCGCCGGCUGGGCGCGCAGCUGGCGGCGAGCGCGCCUGGCCGCGUGGUGGUGGCGUGGCGGGCGCUCGGCGGCUCGCUGCGAGACUUCCUGGCCCAGCUGGACGGCGUGCACGACGUGCUGCAGGAGAAGGCGCGCGCCCGCGCCGGCUUCGUCUUCUCGCAGUCGCAGGACGGCGCUCACACGCUGCUCGUGUCGUGCGAGCGGCCCGCCGCCGCCUUCCUGCUGGCCGGCUGCCUGCGCGCCGUCGCCGACACGCUCUACGGCACGCCGGCCGAUGUCGUCGUCACCAGGGACCCGGCGGACUGCCGUCGCUUCAGGUACACCAUCACUCCGCGGCGAGCGUCUGUGGACCAGCCGGAGGAGGCGGAGGGUGGGGAGCCGCCGCGGCUGUCCGAGGCUGCGCCGGCGCUGCCGCUGGGCGUGCGCUCCUUCUGCCGCGCCUUCCCGUGGCACAUGGUGCUCGACCGCCAGCUGCAGCUGACGCAGGUGGGCGCCGCCUUCGUGCGGCUGCUGUCGGCGCAGCUGCGGAGCCGCGGGCGCGCGCUGCACCACCACUUCGAGCUGCGGCGGCCGCGCGGCGUGCAGCUGCGCUUCGCCGACCUGGUAGCGCGCGCCAACACGCCAUUCCUGCUCGCCAUCAAGACCGAGGGGCCUGCCGAGGGCUUGGAGCUCAAGGGCCAGAUGGUGCUGUGCCCGGAGUCGGACUCUCUGCUGUUCGUGGGCUCGCCCUACCUGGACGGCCUCGACGGGCUCACCGGCAAGGGCCUCUUCAUCUCCGACAUCCCCCUACACGACGCCACCAGGGACGUCAUACUGGUCGGGGAGCAGGCCCGUGCACAGGACGGACUGCGCCGGCGCAUGGACAAGCUGAAGAGCAGCAUCGAGGAGGCGAACCUGGCUGUGGACAAGGAGCGAGAGAAGAAUGUCAGCUUGCUGCACCUCAUCUUCCCUCCGCACAUAGCCCGCCGCCUCUGGCUGGGUGAGACUAUCGAGGCUACAUCCCAUGAUGACGUAACGAUGCUGUUCAGCGACAUCGUUGGUUUCACCUCCAUCUGCUCUGGGGCCACGCCUAUCAUGGUCAUCAACAUGCUGCAGAGUCUGUACUCGCAGUUCGACGUGUUCUGCGGACAGCUGGACGUUUACAAGGUGGAGACAAUUGGCGACGCCUACUGCGUGGCUGGCGGGCUGCAUAAGCAGUCGGACACGCACGCCCAGCAGAUCGCGUGGAUGGCGCUACGCAUGAUCGAGACGUGUGCCAACCACGUCACACACGACGGCCGGCCCAUCCGGAUGCGCGUGGGCCUGCACACGGGGACGGUGCUGGCUGGCGUCGUGGGCCGCAUGAUGCCACGCUACUGCCUCUUCGGGAACAACGUCACCAUCGCCAACAAGUUCGAGUCCGGCUCGGAACCCCUGCGCGUCAACGUCAGUCCCACCACGCACAGGUGGCUGGUGCAGACACCAGGUUUCGAGUUUGAGGAACGGCCUCGCGAGUGUCUACCAAAGGGAUUCCCCAAGGACAUCCCGGGCACGUGUUACUUCGUGCUCGGCUACAAACACCCGUCUCUGCCGGCGGACCGACCUCUCGCAGACCACGUGGAGGCGGCGAUUGCCGAGCUCGGUCUGCAGCACCGCUAGGCGGCUCAGCGCCACGUGCGUCUGUGAGCAGACCUGCAGGCGCUAUAUUCAAGGCGUAAACCACUGCGGACCAGCGAGUGAGGUGCUGGAGAAGGAAAAUUUACGAGAGAGCAGACAGGGCCUCGAAUAGGCAUUCGUAAAUUCGUAUAUGCUACAUGAAUUUAAGGCACGAAGCGGGAGAAUAUGGUUGUCUAUCGACAAGUUUUCGAUAAUGUCAGACACAGUGAAAUCUCCUCUAAUACUUCAUGUACCCUUAGUCCAUGCGACCCGCGAAAGGUGUACUUCUUUAGCGUAAAUCCCUGCAAACAAGCUUCUACUGCUAAAUGAAAGUUCCAUGAUGUUGCAGAUCCCUUACAUACAUUAAGAGAGAGUCAUAACCGAUCUUGGUGAAGUAUUUUCACUACAUCAGCGCUCUUGGCUGGUUGAAUGACUCUUGAUCCCGCAUAGAUGAAGUUCAAACGCAAGCAGGAACUUCUCUCUUAAGACAACAAAAAACUGUCGGGAGACUACUAAUUUUACCAACAGCGUCCAUAAAAAUCACUUUUACGGUGACAAAUGAAACUUCAGGUAUCAUAUUCUACUACUAAUCUUGUGCAGUGAAUUACACAAUUAUUAAAACGUCACUCUAAGAUUACUAUUCAUUAAAUGCUUCGUAAACCACUUAAGAGGCAUAUCUCUCUUCCGGUGACUAUUUACUCAAUGUUUCUCCCGAUGUUUGGGAGGGAUGUCUUGUGUGCCUUUCCAUCUGUUCUUUCAUAGUCAAAGCGUUGGCUAUAUCGACUCUAAAAUAUUCCCUUCGUGUUAUGUACCUUGGAUGCCCAUCAACAGCACAGUUUUUACGAUGGUAAAAGUGUUAUAUUGCAUCUGUUUUCCUCUGUUUCUUGACUCAUUCCCUGGCGGGAGACCAAUACAUACGUCACUUCGAUUAAAUGAAGUAGGAACUACCAAACAAACCACUGAACCUGUUUACUCAUGCGUUAGUGUUUGUAAAUUAACGAGAAGUGUAAUUGUCUGCAGCCAAAUACAUUUCUCAACAUAUUAUCAAGGGAACAAAUAUUUUGAGGCAUGAGAAGAGAAUAUGCCAAAUGUUUUAAAUAAAAAAUAGAUCUGCAAAGACUCGUUAUAUAUUUUGUGUCUUGUAUAAGGAAGUUCAGUGCGUACUCACUGAUAUUCAUAACGAUAAUGCGAACGAAAGGUGUUAGGGCAGACGCUACGCGUUGGUGUAUCCAGUGCAUCGAAACAUUUAUCGAUGUUGAUGUGUACAUCACCUGGACAAUUAAUCAAAGUGCUCUUCACUAAGUUAUAAACUCUGACAAAACAAUACUUGUUAGGCAUUCUCUGUCUGGACAAUGUGAUAUCAGUACCUAAGUUGAAAAAUAGAUAACGCAGUUCAUUAUCUGCAAACAUAACGCUACAGCUCAUAAUGUGUUACUUAAGUAAACCUUUUAUGUAGAUGUGUGACGUGAUUUCUUGAAAACAUAUAGCAACAGUGCAAAUAUUUAACCAAACAAAUUUACUGGUUCACUUAAAACGUCUGAAGAUUGGUAUUAAAGCUUACCAUUCAUAGAGUGCAAAAAUCCAUCGACCGAAGACCGCAUCAAACAGUAGCUUGUGCCGGUCACCAGGCGAUUAUAGUUGAUAACGCAAGGUAUGUCAUGCUUUAGGGAUAUAACUGACAGAUGCUUCUGAAUCUGACGUUGAGGACUGUGAAAGUAAGUCGAAGAAAAAUCACUCAUGCUUUCCAGUCUUUUUGGGAACACUUUUCCCAUCUCAUUAGUGAAACCUAGAGUUAAUGGCGUCCCGUGGAGCACAGUUCUUGAUUGAAAUGCUUACUAUGUGUGAAACAGUAAGGUGUAAUAAAUAUACGAUCAUAACACACUAAAGUUCAAGGAAAGCCAUAAACAGCUAAACACAUUUAAACGAUUCGAACAGAUCGUAGCAAAACAUGUUCCUUAGUUACUCAGGAAGUGAAUUUAUGUUUAUAUUGCGUUAGAAAGAUCUAAACUCCAGUAUAUCAACCGCUCUCAGCCCAUAGCUCCUAGAACUCUGGGUAACAAUUCGCGUAGAUACUUACUUUCACAACUGUUAGUAUCCAAAGUAAAACCAAAACUUUGGCCCCGUUGCGCUUACAAUACGCCCAAAGUAGGUUAACAUGAAAGCUACCUUUAGAAAAUCAUAACAGUUUGCUUAUGUAAUCAUGUCAAUGAUCCUUUAUACUCCAGUGAACAGUUGUUAGUAAGAAACUGUAGUCAAUCCGUCUCUCCAUUCAUGAACAAUCACUUCGAAUGAAUUAAGUCACGUCUGUAGUUUCAUCAAUACAUGACACCAAAUCACUACGCUUUUGGCAUCGUUUCAUAGUACCUGCUUCUGUGGUCAUAAUUAACUAAAAUCGUAGAAAAUGAUUACCACCUGAAAAUAUCUACAGGGAAGACUUACGAAUUAAAAUUAGUGUUUUCAUUCAACUCCCUACGCAGCAAAAUUCCACGCCGCCUUUUCGCGUGAGGAUAUUAAAUUGAGGAACUGUCUUAUUCUCUUUGUUUUGGAAAGCAGAGAUCAUUUUAACACUGUCGCCUUAAUUUUAAAAGAGGUGGGAUUGAUAUAAUCUGAAGGGCAUUUCAGGAAAAGUUGAGUACAAAAAUUAGUUCUCGAAAUGUGGAUCUUACAUUGCCAAAUGCGGCUCUUUUAGGAAGGAGAUUGUCUGCGGAUUUUUAAUGUAUAUGGUACGCUUUUUUAGGAUGAAAAUGUCAGUGUUAUUCUUGUCAGACAGUAUCUAGCCUGUAUCGGUUGGUUCUGAGUGAAAUGUUAAACCUUCGUAAGCCUAUUGCGUGUUUUUUGAGGACACGAAUUCAGAUCAGCCUAGAAAUGCUUUCAGAGUUACUAAGAUCUAUUCAGAUUGUCGAAUGCGUAACAUAGAUGCAAAAAACUAUGUGUAAAAAGAUUUGAUAUAUUUGAGUGGAACAGAAACAAACAUUCCGGAAGAGAGGGACUAAUUAAUGCAUAGAAAUUUGAAAGGCAGAUUAAUGGAAUGUUUAUAACGAAACAUUAAAUGUAACAGGGCACAUCUCUUUUCAUUUCUCUCCUGUUUAGGAGCACACUUUUUUUGUGGCUGAACUCAUGGCAGAUGGGUAAAUAUAGCAUUAGUUGUCUGCUUUAAAGUUUCUCGUUAAUAAUUGCUCAGGAGAACACUAUUACCUUCAGCACGUAAGAGACAUGACAGCUGAAGAAAAGCACAAAGUGUAAGAGUUCGAAAAGGAAGGUAGAGCUCCAGUAGCGUAAGAGCGUACGCGCGAUUCGCCUACGACACAGCUGCUAGCAUUUGCUAUGGAAACACUGCUCUCUCUUCUGACAUCUCUUUCGCCUGUGCGACAAGAAGCUUCACUUCAGAUACAUAUAUCAAUUCAUUCUCAAUAGAAAUUGUUUGCCUGCAGAUGCAGUACAAUGUUACUUGGAUAUAUGUGUAAUUAUUUAACCGAAACUGAUGUAAAAGUGAAAUUAAUAAAAUAUUUAUUUCUCUCUGU